CUAGCUAGCUAGCUUUAUUUAUUAUAUUAUUAGUAUUUUCUAAUUUCUUGCUUCAUAAUAGUUGUUUCCUUCUUGAGACAAUGGCACUGAGUGGUAAGCUUAGUACUGAAAUUGUGAUGCAUGCACCUGCUGGAAAGUUCUUUAAUUUUGUAUCAAAAUCUCUCCACGAUGUUCAAAAUAUUUGUGAAAGAGUGCAUCACACCAAGCUGCAUCAGGGUGAGGAUUGGCACAGAAUUGGCGAUUCGGUUAAACAGUGGACUUAUGUUAUAGAUGGUAAAGUAACUACAUGCAAGGAGACAAUUGAAUCCAUUGAUGAGAAGAACAAGACAAUUAAAUUCAAUCUCUUUGAUGGAGACAUAAGUCAACAGUAUAAAGUCUUGAAGCUCACCGCUCAAGAGAUUGAUAACAGCAAUGGAAGUGUUUCAGCUAAAUGGACACUUGAAUAUGAGAAAAUUAAUGAUAAUGUCAAAGCUCCUUAUGGUUACUUGGAAUUGUAUGACAAAAAUACUAAAGAGAUGGAUGCUCAUCUUCUCAAGGCAUAAUAAUUACUAAAAGAAAAAUAGAAGCACGUUAUAUAAAUUGUUGGAAUUUAAUAAGGGGCAGGUUUUCGGGACUGUUUUGGAAGUAGUUAGGUCUUUAUAUAAAUUAAAUAAGAGUAAUGCUAUGUGUAUACUAAAAUCAGCUAUCAAAGUUAGUUAUCAGUAUAAAAAGUAUAUGUUGAAUAUAAAUAUACAUUGAAAAUAAAUUAAAUUAACUACAUAUGUA